AUGUCGAGAUUAAUCCUUAUUUUCUAUGGCCUAGCAUGCCUGACUCCACAGUAUAUGACGUCAGUGAUUUCACCCGAGUUACCAAAAUAUCCCAAUGCCACCAGCAUCGAAUAUCUUAGGUCCUCUCCAACCCACCACCACUCAGUACACCCAUCUCAUGCGCCGCUUCAAACACCCUCCCAUACUGCACCGCAUGCUCCAAUUAGCACUACACCACAUACCGCACCGCAUGGCUCUCCUUCUGUCUCCGGCUACAAAAACUUUGUUUACUUUGUAAAUUGGGCAAUUUACGAUCGAGCCUACACCGUUCAGAUGUUACCUGCAUCCCAGAUUACGCAUGUUCUAUAUUCCUUCUGGAACAUAGCUGCAAAUGGAACAGUCUUUCUCUCCGAUCCCUAUGCAGAUCUUGUAAAGCUAUAUCCCACCGAUACGAAAAGUGCCGCGGGAAAUGAUGUUUUUGGCUCCAUCAAGCAACUCUACAUUGUCAAAAAACAUAAUCGACAGCUUAAGACCCUCAUGUCCGUGGGCGGUUGGACAUACUCCACCAACAUUGCUGCCGCUGCAUCCAGUAGUGCAACUCGCGCCAUAUUUGCCUCGGAUGUCGUCAAGUUUAUACAAGAUUUGGGUUUCGACGGUGUAGAUAUCGACUGGGAGUAUCCAGCCGACGAGACCCAAGCUGUCAAUUACGUGCUACUCCUCGCCGAGGUUCGUCGAAAGCUAGAUGAAUAUGCCGCUCAACAUGCACCCGGAUACCACUUUCUGAUUACCGUAGCAUGUCCCGCAGGAGCUGUGCACUACCGUAAAAUGCACCUAGCAGAGAUGAAUGCGCACAUAGAUACCUGGAAUCUAAUGGCCUACGACUAUACUGGAUCCUGGGACAAGAAUACCGGCCAUUCCUCCAACCUUUACCCGUCCAGCUCCAAUCAAAUCUCCACCCCUUAUAAUACGCAACAGGCGAUCAAGGACUACGUAAGUGCCGGCGUUCAACCGUCAAAGAUCGUCAUGGGUAUCCCCUUGUACGGUCGCUCUUUUUUGGGCACUGCUGGUCUCGGACAGCCCUUUACUUCUGUAGGUGGUGGAUCCUGGGAAGAUGGUGUGUGGGAUUAUAAGGUUUUACCUAAAUCCGGUGCUACAGAAAAAGUUGACAACGAGACGUUGUCGAGCUAUUCUUACGAUAGUUCGGCACAAACACUCAUCUCGUAUGACAACACCGAAAUUGUUCGGAAGAAGGCACAAUACAUUCAAUCGCAAGGGCUUGGAGGUGCAAUGUUUUGGGAGGCCAGCGGCGAUAAGACUGGUGGCGAAAGUUUGAUUGGAACAACAGCUAGUGAGUUCAAAAAUUUGGAUGUGAUGCAGAAUAACCUCAACUACCCAGCCAGUCAGUAUACAAAUAUGGCAGCAGGUAUGCCUGGCGAGUAA